AUGGAGUCGAAACCUCCGGGCGACCCGCUCCAGCUAUGCAGGGAAACCUCGGCAGCUGAGGGCAUCGUGGAUACUGCCGACCGCAGCGACAUUUACACCAAGUACGGCUCCACCAAACGGGGCCUGUCAAAUCGCCAUCUCCAGAUCAUGGUCAUUGCUAGCUCCAUCGGAACAGGCCUCUUUGUCGGCAUCGGCAGCGCUCUGAGAACCGCGGGCCCUCUGUCCCUCCUUCUCGGAUUCCUCAUCUACCCAACCAUCUUUAUCCUCCCUUGCUCACUUGGAGUCGCCGAGAUGGUUGCUCAUCUGCCGAUUCGUGGAAACAUCUACGAGUUUGCAAGUCGUUAUGUUGAUCCGGCCUUUGGGUUUGCACUUGGCUGGACUUACUUCUAUGGGAGUGCCAUGCUCUUCUGCACUGAGCUUUCUGCUGUUGUUACCGUCAUGGGCUACUGGGAUCUCAACGUCAACAAUGCCGCUUGGGUCGCCAUGGCCUUAGUAGUUUGCGUCUUUCUCAACCUAUUCGCAGUAAAGUGGUACGGAGAGUCCGAGUUCAUUUUCGGCGGCACAAAGAUCAUUCUCCUCCUCGGCCUCCUUCUCCUCACGUUGGUAACAAUGUGCGGAGGAAACCCCAUGGGUUGGGCCUACGGCUUUCACAACUGGUCCGAAGGCGGAGCCAUGCACGAAUACAUGACCGAAGGAACCACAGGUCGCUUCCUCGGCUUCUGGAGCGUCAUGGUUCUGGCUGCUUUCUCCAUCGCUGGACCGGAUUUCAUUGCUCUAAGCGCAGGCGAGAUGAAGGAUCCUCGUCGCAAUGUUCCCCGAUGUGCCAAAGCUACUUGGUUCCGCAUCUUCUUCUUUUACGUCUUGGGAACGUUGGGCGUCGGCAUCAUAUGCAAUAGCCAGGAUCCGAAGCUCCUGUCCGCUUUGAGUGGUGGCAACGUGGGCUCUGCUGCUAGCCCGUGGGUUAUCGGUAUCGAGAACCUAGGCAUCAAGGGACUGGCCAGCUUCAUCAACGCACUCAUCGUUAUUAGCGGCUGGAGCUGUGGCAACGCCAUGCUGUACUCGUCAUCUCGAACCUUGUACUCGCUGGCCAUGGACGGGCACGCCCCCAAGAUCUUCCUCCGGUGCACCAAGGCAGGCAACCCUAUUUACUGUGUAGGAGCCGUCAGUUUGAUCUCGUGCAUCACCUUCCUGGUUGCAACCAACGACGGCGCCACUGUAUUUGGCUGGUUCGUCGGCUUGUCUACCUGCGCCUUUGUCCUUUCUUACACGGCCAUGCUCAUUACCUACAUCGGCUGGUACAGGGCCCUUAAGGCUCAAGGCAUUAACCGCGACGCUCUUGCCUGGAAAGCUCCCUUCAUGCCGUAUGGUGCCUACAUCGGGGCCGCGUUUGGCUGCAUCGUCCUCAUCUUCCUCGGCUUUGAUGUUUUUAGCCCCUUCUCUACAUCGGGUUUCAUCACCAGGUACUUUGGAAUCGGGUACAUGUUGAUCGUUUACGUAUCUUACAAGGUUUUCAAGAGAACAAAGUUCGUCAAGGCGAGGGAGGCUGACCUUUGGAGUGGUAAGGAAGCUGUGGACAGGGAGUUGGCACAUUGGGACAACAAGGGCAUUGAAGAGCCAAAGAGCUUUGCGCGUCGUCUUUGGGACAAGAUGUGGUAA